AUGUCUUAUGGUGUAGAAGAGAAAUCUCGACUAGAACUCGCUGAAUCUAGUGAAGAUAGUUUUCGUGAUCCAGGUAUCCUAGGUGGUUGUGGAACGAAAUUUGUCAAUGUCAGCAAUAAUGAAGGAUUAAAACGAUGUGAAUGGGCUAAAACGGCUCCAGAAUGGCGAAGAGUGCGUGGCGGUUUGGUUUUUGAGGGUAAAUGUACGAAUUCGACGUGCAAAGCAAAAAACGACAUCGUCGCUAUAUCAAUGGGUUACCGAACAUUCGAUGUUGUAUGCGAUAAAGAUAUUGCCAAAACUGUAUGUCCUAUAUGCAAACAAUAUGUUCAACCAACAACCUGUGGCUUCAACAAUUGCUGGUGGAGAUUUGAGGGUAUGAAACGGGAUGGAGAGGGUAAACCACCCCAGUUUUGUCAAAGCGACUGGAAACAAGCUGAUAAUGCAUAUCAUUAUUUCGAUAAAAAUAUAAGUGGAGAGGUUACAUGGCUUCGGCUCACGCUCGAAGUGGUUAAAAAGAUUCCUUCGUGA